AUGAAAUUUGACAAUCCAUGUGUGCUAAACAUAAAAGCACUUGCAAAUACAAACAUUAGUGCUGUUAUUAUUACUCGAAACAAAAAGAUGUUAUGCAAUGGUUAGUAAAUGACUCAUUUCACACCUAAAGGUCAAAUCGGUAACAAAUUUUAUUCGCAUUUUUUUUUAAUACUCUUUAAAAGUAAAUGACUCAAAUGACUAUGCCAUAGAUAUUCUUGUUCCUUAUUAGAUGACUCAAAGAGAAAAAAAAAGGGCAACUAAUCCAUUUCCAAUAUCCAAAAUGCAUAAUAUAUUUUCUUUACCAGACACCAAUCUGCUUGCUCUCUGGUCCUGGAUGACACAGUAAGAAGGGAAAAGAGUAACAUUGUUGUCCCAACUGUUUUGUAAGAGAACUAACAAACAAUGGAUUAUAUGGAAGGAUGGGACAUGAACAGCAGAUGGUAACGCAAGUAGGGAGUAAAUUGAUACACUCCGUUCCUAGCAGCAUUUGAAGGAUCCAUCGACUAAUAUUAUGCUACUGGAGACGGGAGGAUACGAAACAAAACCAUUGCACUUACCUGUUAUAUGAUUAGAGGCUCCAGAAUCUUUGAUCCAUGAUGUGGAAGGUUGAGGCUGAGAAGCAUGGACAUGAUUGACAGUUUCCAAUGUACCUGUACAAGAAGACAAAAAGGAUGCUUUGAGGGCAGGUAGCUAUUGUUGUAACUCGCUAAUAGCUUGGUCCCAGAAGUAGAAGGAAACUCCUUUUCAGCUACAACAGUAUUGGCAGAGACAUUCUUCAGCUUUGGACACAGAUGUAGAUGUAGAUCCCAACAAUAUUCCUUAACAUGAUGCCUUUUUUCCACUGAGCGCAUUUCAACUCUUUUUGCAGAAAACACCUGAAUGCAACCUGGGCCUUUUCCUAAGGCACCUGGCUUAGAUGGUAUAUAAUUCGUCACUAGAUCAUCUCCAGGGACCAUUGAAUUUUUCCUACUAACUAUUUUUGCUCUACUAUUAGCCUCCCCUCAGACAUAAUUACAUGCUGAUUCGAGCAAAGAAUUCAAUUAUCCUACAUUGCUCGGUUUGUUUCUUCAUCUCUUUAGAGUGGAAACGAGAGGCUGGAAAUUGUUUAACUCUUCUCAUUUUCCUCUCAUCAAAGAAAAAUCUUCUUCUAGCAACAGUUUUCCCUAUUGCAUAUUGGUUAUUUCCUGGUAUAAUAAAUUGCAUGCGGUAGAUCAUCAUGUUGAGAUGAGUUGUGCCAGCGAUAUCCCAUAUUCUUUUGCGAUCCACAGAAACAACAUGGUUCAACUAAUGCCAGGCUGCAUGGAAUAAAAGAGGCAUUCACUUCCCCAAUCAUUGUGGGACGCAUCAUCUUUGAUGGAAGUAAGCAAUCCCCAACAGGGGCAGGCUGUUGAAAUAAGCAGUGAUGUGCCUGUGGGAGCGCCAAGCUUGGGUGGGAGUAAGAUUUGCAAAGGAGCAACAUGUGGGUUCUCCGACUUGGAAACCAGCUCCAAAGAUGUGAAAGAACGGUCUGCAUCCAUGCGCAAGCUUUUCAUUGCGGUCACACUCUGCUUCAUCUUCAUGACCAUAGAAGUAGUCAGCGGCAUUAAAGCGAACAGCCUUGCGAUCUUGACCGAUGCAGCCCAUCUGCUUUCAGACGUCGCAGCUUUUGCCAUCUCCUUGUUCUCAGUAUGGGCGUCGGGAUGGGAAGCCAACCCGCGCCAGUCAUAUGGCUUCUUCCGGAUUGAGAUUCUUGGCGCUCUGGUUUCCAUUCAGCUGAUAUGGCUCUUGGCUGGGAUUCUAGUAUAUGAAGCCAUCAUCAGAAUCAUCCACAACACAGGCGAGGUCCAGGGCUUUCUAAUGUUCAUCAUCGCUGCUUUUGGGUUGUUUGUUAAUGUUGUGAUGGCCCUCUUGUUGGGUCAUGAUCAUGGGCACGGUGACCAUGUUGGUCAUGAUCAUGACCAUUCUCAUGGCGUGGAGCAAGGCCAUGGGAUAACCGUUACCACUCACCAUCAUAAUUUGGGUCAGUCCAUCCUCAAGGUUGACCACAAUCAUCUCAUCAAUGGUGUGGCCCAUUUGAAUGAUGGGGAUCAGGAUUCACCUCUGCUUAAGGAUUCUGAUGAUUGCUGUGAACUGAAGGCGGACCCUGAGGGAAGCAAAGGGAUGAAGCAGUGGAACAUCAAUGUACAGGGAGCCUACCUUCACGUGCUCGGGGACUCCAUCCAGAGCACAGGAGUGAUGAUUGGAGGUGCGAUCAUAUGGUACAAGCCUGAGUGGAAGAUCAUUGAUCUGAUAUGCACGCUCAUCUUCUCCAUAAUUGUGCUGGGCACAACAAUCCAGAUGCUACGCAAAAUACUCGAGGUGCUGAUGGAGAGCACGCCAAGGGAGAUUGACGCGACAGUGCUUGAGAAGGGCCUUUGCAAGAUGGAUGGGGUGGUGGCCGUCCAUGAGCUGCACAUAUGGGCCAUCACGGUGGGGAAGGUUCUAUUGGCGUGCCAUGUCACGAUAACACCGGAGGCAGAUGCAGACCUUGUAUUGGAUAAGGUGGUGGGGUACAUUAGGAAGGAGUACAACAUCAGCCAUGUAACCAUACAGAUAGAACGCGGGUGAGUACAUGGCUGGUGGGCCCAGCAUUAGGAGUCGGGCCAUGAUGAGAAAUUGUGGGGUCCUCAUCAGAGUUGGUAUGCACAGGAUUCUGUAGAUGCUGGUGCAAACCGUUGAUGUGGUGAGGCCCACCUAUGAUCAAUCAUUCCGCAGAAAUCUUCCAAUCUGGAAAUACAUCGGCCUACUAGAAAUUUAAGAAAGAAGAUACCGCAAUGGUCCACAUUGAAAGGCAUGUAUGGAAGGGUUAGCAUCCUCCGAUUUGAAAGAUUUUUGGGGAAUCCCCCGUCCGUGGUGGAGCCUAUCAGAUCAGUGGUUUGGAUCACCCAACCAUGGGCCUCACAUUUUAAAAAUCCUUAAUUCCUCCGCUAUGAUAGUUGGGUGCAUUUGUUCCUAGUCAAGCAAUUUUGCAAGGGGGGAAUUGUUACUCUAGAGAGAGUGAUGGAUGAUAAGCAGGCACUUAGAAAUUGCACACUUGGCAUGUGUAACUCAAAUCAAACUAUCCAGAUAGUGGACCCCACUUUAGAUGCUUUAGAAAACAAAAAUUAUAUCGGGUCUA